AGAGCGUGCGCAUGUGCUCCCAGACUUCUAGGAGAAGCCUUUGAUUGGAACUCCACACGUCUGCUGUGACAUCACAAAAGGGGCGUGCCGAGCGGCUCUGAGCUUUGCAAGAAAGGUCCAACAAUAAUAUCUCCCAUUAUCAGGCUGGUCUGCUGUACCAUAACUACUUCAUAUCCUUAGACGAGGAUCAUUCUGCCCACGCGCUCAAUUUGGAGCUGAGCUGAAGCUCCAGAAAAGUUGUUCCAUUUGUCCCGAAAGGUGACUACCGUAGUUCCUGAGAGUUGCCUCUUGAUUAUCCUGGGUCUGGCCCUUGGUGGGAUUGUCCUGGCUAUAGCGCAGAGGGCGGAGUUUCAGCUGGAGCCUAACAUGUUCUUCCUCUUCCUGCUGCCCCCAAUUGUCCUGGACUCCGGAUACUUCAUGCCCAGUCGACUCUUCUUUGAUAAUUUCGGUGCCAUUCUAAUGUAUGCUGUGGUGGGCACAGUUUGGAACUCCUUCGCCACAGGAGUCGCUCUCUGGGGUAUUCAUUUAUUGGGCUUUAUGGACCCCAGGGUGGAAGCUGGCUUGAUGGACUUCCUGCUGUUUGGUAGCUUGAUUUCAGCCGUGGACCCAGUGGCCGUGCUAGCCGUGUUUGAGGAAGUCCACGUGAAUGAAACCCUGUUUAUCAUUGUAUUUGGAGAAUCGCUGCUCAAUGAUGCUGUGACUGUGGUUCUGUAUAAAGUGUUUAAUUCUUUCGUUGAGAUGGGCCCAGGAAAUGUGAAAGCCACGGAUUAUGUUAAAGGAGUUGGUUCCUUCUUCGUGGUGAGUCUGGGAGGCACAGCUAUUGGCCUGGUGUUUGCGUUCCUUCUCUCCCUAAUCACCAGAUUCACAAAACGUGUGCGUAUCAUAGAGCCGCUCUUCGUCUUUCUCAUUGUCUACCUGGCCCACCUCACGGCAGAGAUGGUCUCACUAUCCUCCAUCUUAGCAGUUACAUUUUGUGGCUUGUGCUGCAAGAAGUAUGUUGAAGCAAAUAUCUCGAACAAAUCUCGUACUACAGUGAAAUACACCAUGAAAACUCUGGCUAGCAGCUCGGAGACCAUUAUCUUCAUCUUCCUGGGCAUAUCUGCUGUGGACACGUCUAAGUGGAUGUGGGACUCUGCUCUCGUCUUGUCUACACUAUUCUUUAUCUUGGCAUUCAGAGCAAUCGGUGUCGUCCUACAAACGUUUGUUUUAAAUCGCUUUCGACUCCUCCCGUUGGACAAGAUCGACCAAGUAGUGAUGUCAUAUGGUGGACUGCGUGGGGCUGUGGCCUUUGCUUUAGUAAUUCUGCUAGAUGAUGCCAAGGUGAAGGCCAAGGAUUACUUUGUGGCAACGACCAUUGUUGUGGUAUUUUUCACCGUAAUGUUUCAGGGACUUACUAUCAAGCCUCUUGUGAAAUGGCUAAAGGUGAAGAGGCGAGAUCAUCACAAGCCAAACCUGAAUGAGGAACUGCAUGAGCAUGCUUUCGAUCACAUCAUGGCAGCCGUAGAGGACAUAGUGGGACAUCACGGAUAUCAUCACUGGAGAGACAAAUGGGAACAGUUUGACAAGAAAUACCUGAGCCAGUGGUUAAUGCGGAAAUCUGCCUAUAGGAUCAAGGACGAAAUUUGGGAGGUUUGCUACAAACUCAACAUCCGUGAUGCUCUGAGUCUAGCAGACCAGGGUGGUCACAUUGUAUCCCCUGACAGGCUGUCCCUGCCAUCAAUGCCAAGUCGAGCCUCUAUGUCCGAGACCUCUGUGACCAAUCUCCUGCGAGAGAACGGCAGCAAGACAUGUCUGGACCUGCAGGCCAUAGACACGGUGCGCAGUGGGAGGGACAGAGAAGACGCUGUGAUGCAUCAUUUUCUAACCGGGAGUCUCUAUAAACCUCGCCGCAGGUGUAAAGCCAGUUAUAGCCGCCAUUUCAUGACCCCAGACGAGCCCAGCCGCCAAGAAAAGGAGGUUUUUCAGCAGAACAUGAAGAGGCGUCUGGAGUCUUUCAAAUCCACCAAACACAAUAUCUGUUCAUCAAAGUCACGCGCCAAGAAAGAUGGACGCAAAAAGAGACGAUGCAGUCUGGAAAACGAGUUCCGAAAUGGGAGACAGAGCAAAGCUGUUAGCUGGGAAAACGCAGCUUCCAUCAUUGUCACAGCGGAUUCAGAAAGCGAACAUUCAGAUAUAGAAAUUGGCGAUGACGAGGGAAUAACAUUUAUUGCCAGAGCAACAGAUGAGAUUCUCCAAGGCGUUAAAAUCUCAGGCAUGCUGGGCGUCUGUCAGAGCCCACGGAUUGUCCCACCGUCCCCAACGCUAGCCGAGAAAGUUCUACCAUGGAAAAGAGAACCUGAUGAAAACACAGUCUGCAUCUCCUCUGAGACCACCAAGAUUGUCCCCGUGGACCUACAAAGAUCUUGGAAGCAGAGCAUCUCUUCCCUAGAGAGCGUUGGUUCACCUCCUGUUUCUGAGCACCACCAAGAUGGAGGAAGGCUGCUGAGGCAGGAUGGCAGAAGCCCUCCUGUCCUUCAGACCCUACCUGAGACUUGUAGCUGCUUUCCUUUUUCAAACUCCCCUGGACAAAGUGAUCUAGGAUCCAGCACAAUUCAGCUGCAGGAACUCCAGCCUCUCAUGCCAAGAGCAGAAUGUUUUAGAAUGAGUCCCCUGUCUACAAGACAAAACCCUAGCAAGAGGUUAAAACCGUUGCACAGACCCUCCAAAAUCUGACUUUCCGAGAACCUAUUAAUUUUGGCCAAGCAGGGCAUUUGAGGGCCCAUUAUUUCUGGCCAAGCAGGGCAUUUGAAGACCCAUUAUUGUUGGCCAAGCAGGGCAUUUGAAGACCCAUUAUUGUUGGCCAAGCAGGGCAUUUGAGGACCCAUUAUUUCUGGCCAAGCGGGGCAUUUGAGGACCCAUUAUUUCUAGGCAAGCGGGGCAUUUGAGGACCCAUUAUUUCUGGCCAAGCGGGGCAUUUGAGGACCCAUUAUUUUUGGCCAAGCGGGGCAUUUGAGGACCCAUUAUUUUUGGCCAAGCAGGGCAUUUGAGUACUUAUUUUUGGCCAGAGGAUCAACUCACUGAGGUUCUUUAUAAAGUCUGUGUACAUUGAAAUGGAGAUGGGUAUUGAGCUAAUUGCCACGGUACAGGAUAUUAUAAAUGCCCUGCCGUGGGAUCUACAGAAUAACUGCACCCACAGUAAAUGAAUGGAACUGAUAUUCAAAGUCAGUUUGCUCAGCUGGAUAUUGACAAGGGAAUAAACUAGGCCUUUAUAUUUCUUGCAAUCUGUGAAUUAGAGUGCCAACAUAUAUGCUGUUUAAUUUUUGUGCCAGCUUAUUGAACCUGUAGGUUCUGAUCCUAAAAUUGCUUAGGUAGGUGCCUUUAGCUGGAGAGCCAGAGCUGGUACUGCCAUGAGUGGGAUUCUCCAGGUGUCGCUGUAUUGUGGGAAUAUCUCCUGCUACGAGUCAUGUACACCCUCUCAUUGCUUUAAUUACCCAGGGCUGAUCAUGACAAGCUAUUAGGUCUCAGCGGCCCCUUCUUUCAGGGGGUAGGACUUACUCCAGGCUUGUGGUCUCAUCCCCUUUCUUGGCUUUGUGUAUUUCAUGUAUUUACAUUUCAUGUACAGUCAUACUGAGCUUGGGAAUCUGCACUGAUACCUGAAGCUCCAGUUACUGCAAUCUGUAGCUAUACUAAACUCAUUUACUAAAAAGAGAAUCUUGUACAUUUGUUUUUCAUAAAUGUUCCAUUUGUUAAGAAAUGCGUUUGAUGGCUGAAUUAUUUCACUUGAGUGUGUCUGGGUUUAUAUGUUCCAAAGUGUCAAAUCUUAGUGUAAUAUUGCAUUAC